AUCCAGUCCAUGGUCCUCAGAAUGUCGAGGUUGUAGACAUCCGAUCACGUCAGUUGACUUUGCAGUGGGAACCUUUUGGUUAUGUUGUGACUCGUUGCCACAGCUAUAACUUGACAGUUCAUUACCAGUAUAUAUUCAACCAGCAGAAAUAUGAAGCAGAGGAACUAAUUCAGACAUCAUCACAUUACACGUUGCGAGGAUUGCGCCCCUUCAUGACUAUUCGAUUGAGGUUGGCUCUUUCAAAUCCAGAGGGCAAGAUGGAGAGUGAAGAAUUGGUGGUUCAAACAGAAGAGGAUGUUCCUGGAACUGUUCCCCUUGAAUCUAUUCAGGGAGGACCAUUUGAAGAGAAGAUCUAUGUUCAGUGGAAGCCACCAAAUGAAACUAAUGGAAUAAUUACCCUCUAUGAGAUUACCUACAAAGCUGUUGGAUCUCUAGAUCCUACUGCUGAUUUGUUGAAUCAGAGAGGAAAAGUCUUCAAGCUAAGGAAUGAAACUCACCACCUUUUUGUAGGGUUAUACCCAGGAACUACCUAUUCAUUCACCAUUAAAGCCAGCACAGUAAAGGGUUUUGGACCUCCCAUCACCACACGGAUUGCAACUAAAAUUUCAGCCCCAUCAAUGCCAGAAUAUGAUACUGACACCCCUCUGAAUGAAACAGAGACCACCAUUACAGUCAUGCUGAAGCCUGCACAGUCUCGUGGUGCGCCAGUCAGUGUCUACCAGCUUGUUGUAAAAGAAGAACGGCCACAGAAAUCACGAAGAGCUGCAGACAUCAUUGAAUGUUUUUCUGUUCCAGUGAGCUACAAAAAUGCUUCAAAUCUUGACUCCCCUCAUUACUUUGCAGCUGAGUUGAAACCAGUCAAUCUUCCAGUUACACAGCCUUUCACAGUAGGAGAUAACAAAACCUAUAAUGGCUAUUGGAAUGCUCCACUUUCACCAUUGAAAAGCUACAGCAUUUACUUUCAGGCUCUAAGUAAAGCAAAUGGGGAAACCAAAAUAAAUUGUGUCCGACUAGCCACCAAAGCAGUAAUAGGUAGGCAACAGGUGACUACCCGAAACCCACCCAGCCUCAUGAGCACAGGAGCUUCUACACAGAAUUCCAACAUGGUGGAACCAGAAAAACAGGUUGAUAAUACGGUGAAAAUGGCUGGAGUUAUAGCUGGUCUUCUGAUGUUUGUAAUUAUCCUUUUGGGAGCAAUGCUUACAAUCAAAAGGAGGAGCGGUGCUGUAGAUCAAAGAAGAAAUGCAUAUUCCUACUCCUAUUACUUGAAACUAGCCAAGAAACAAAAAGAAACCCAAAGCAGCAGUCAACGAGAAAUGGGACCCGUUGCUGCUUCAGACAAGAGUGCUACAAAAAGCGCUGCUCACAAUGAAGACACUUUCAUUUCAGGCUGUCAAGAUGUUAAUGGAUUCAACAAUAGCCAUGGGGAGAUGACUCAACCGACCCUGACAAUCCAGACCCAUCCCUAUCGAAGCUGCGACCCAGUGGAAAUGUCCUAUCCCAGGGGACAGUUCCAGCCAGCAAUCCGAGUGGCCGACUUGUUGCAGCACAUCACUCAGAUGAAACGGGGACAGGGCUAUGGAUUUAAAGAGGAGUAUGAGGCUCUACCUGAAGGCCAGACAGCAUCUUGGGACACCGCCAAAGAAGAUGAAAACCGCAAUAAGAAUAGAUAUGGCAACAUCAUCUCCUAUGAUCACUCCAGGGUGAGACUGCAGUUACUAGAUGGAGAUCCUCAUUCAGAUUACAUUAAUGCAAAUUAUAUUGACGGUUACCAUCGGCCUCACCAUUACAUUGCAACUCAAGGGCCAAUGCAAGAGACAGUGAAGGAUUUUUGGAGGAUGAUCUGGCAGGAGAAUUCAGUGAGUGUUGUCAUGGUCACCAACCUGGUGGAAGUUGGCAGGGUGAAGUGUGUCAGAUACUGGCCUGAUGACACAGAAGUCUAUGGAGAUAUCAAAGUGACCUUAAUUGAGACAGAACCAUUGGCAGAAUAUGUCAUACGUACUUUUACAGUCCAAAAAAAAGGCUACCAUGAGAUUCGAGAAAUUCGUCAAUUCCAUUUCACUAGCUGGCCAGACCACGGGGUUCCUUGUUAUGCUACAGGUCUCUUGGGCUUUGUUCGACAAGUGAAGUUUCUCAACCCACCAGAUGCAGGGCCUAUUGUUGUGCACUGCAGUGCUGGUGCUGGGAGGACAGGGUGUUUUAUUGCCAUAGACAUCAUGCUUGACAUGGCAGAAAACGAAGGUGUGGUGGAUAUAUUUAAUUGUGUGAGAGAGUUGCGAUCCCAGAGAGUUAACUUGGUGCAAACGGAGGAGCAGUAUGUGUUUGUUCAUGAUGCUAUUCUGGAAGCGUGCCUUUGUGGCAACACUGCCAUUCCUGUUUGUGAAUUCAGAUCUAUAUACUACAACAUCAGCAGAUUGGAUCCACAGACAAAUUCCAGCCAGAUAAAAGAUGAAUUCCAGACCCUUAAUAUUGUUACUCCUCGAGUACGUCCAGAAGAUUGCAGCAUUGGACUUUUGCCAAGGAAUCAUGAUAAGAAUCGCUGCAUGGAUGUACUUCCUUUGGAUCGGUGCCUCCCUUUUCUUAUUUCUGUUGAUGGAGAAUCAAGCAACUAUAUUAAUGCUGCACUCAUGGAUAGCCACAAGCAACCUGCUGCCUUUAUAGUUACUCAGCAUCCAUUGCCCAACACUGGAGCUGAUUUCUGGAGGCUAGUGUUUGAUUACAACUGUUCUUCUGUUGUGAUGCUGAAUGAAAUGGAUGCUGCCCAGCUUUGUAUGCAGUACUGGCCAGAAAAGACAUCUUGCUGUUAUGGGCCAAUCCAAGUGGAAUUUGUUUCUGCUGACAUAGAUGAGGAUAUUAUUAAUCGGAUAUUUCGGAUCUGCAACAUGGCAAGGCCACAAGAUGGGUACCGUAUUGUUCAACAUUUGCAGUAUAUUGGCUGGCCAGCAUAUAGAGACACUCCUCCUUCUAAACGCUCUCUCCUGAAAGUGGUCAGGCGAUUGGAAAAAUGGCAGGAGCAAUAUGAUGGGCGAGAUGGGCGGACUGUGGUUCAUUGCCUGAAUGGUGGUGGCCGCAGUGGCACCUUCUGUGCCAUAUGUAGUGUAUGUGAAAUGAUCCAGCAGCAAAAUAUCAUUGAUGUAUUUCACAUAGUGAAAACCUUGCGGAACAACAAGUCCAACAUGGUGGAGACAUUGGAACAAUAUAAAUUUGUAUAUGAGGUUGCAUUGGAAUACUUAAGUUCAUUUUAG